AUGGUUACCUUUGUCGGUUCCACCCCCUGGGUCGACCAGUAUAAGUCUUUGUGCUCGACGGCGACGACGCUUCUGCAACGAGUCUAUCUAUAUGGUCGACUGAGGACACCCGUCAAUUACUGGCUCAAGUAUCCCUCGUACCACCCGUUCAGUGGCCGCCCCGAAGACACGCCAAUGCUCAACACUGGUGGACCUACUCUGAGUCUGAAUGACACUCUGCCGAACAGUCUGCAGAAAAAUAACCCUUCUUUUCACCUGGUAUUGCCCGCUGGGCAGAAGAGCGCCGCGCUUUGUCGCACAAUAACCUCCGCAAUGAUCUUGAAUUACCCCCCGCCUACCUUGGUCCGAUACGGCAGAAAGCUCCCAGACGGAUCCUCCGAUUAUGAUUACAUGGUGGACCGUGUGACGGGCAUAUACAAUUUUCUGGAAUACACCUCGCACGUGCGGGACGGCGAUUUUGUCCUCAUCGCCGAUGGCUAUGACGUUUUCUUCCAAUUACCGCCGGAGGUGCUCAUCCAGCGGUUUCAGAAUAUCCUCAGAGAGAAUAAUGCCAAGUUGAGAAAGAAAUACGGCCUUGUGACGGAGUAUCAUCCUUACCGCAGAGGCCUGGAGGAGACCCUGCAGAAAUACUCUCAAAGAGUGCUAUUUGGUGCAGGCAAAGAGUGUUUUCCCAACAUCACCGCGGACGCCGGCUGUGUCACCGUGCCGCAGUCCAGCUUGCCCCCGGAUGCCUACGGCUGGAAGACCGAUAUUCAUCCGCAGGGACAUUUGACCCGACCACGGUGGCUGAAGCCCGGUACGGUGAUCGGCCAGGCUGCCGAUCUGAAGUUAAUCUACGCCGAAGUACUGCGCUUCGUGGAGGAAAAUCGUCACAACCAUAGUGACUAUCUGGCCCUGACCCAGAUGUACGGACGCCAGGAGUACGUGCGAGAGCUGGAAAGACGGAGAAGUUCCAACCGGCUCAAGGAGUUGGUCCACCGACUAAUCGGCAUUUCCGAUGCUGCGAAUGUCACGGGCGUGAAUCCGCGCCUCGAGACCGGUCAUCGCUACGAAUAUGGAAUCGGAGUGGAUUUUGAAUCUCGUCUAUUCUUCAACACAUACAAGUCGAAGACGGACGUCGAAUGGCUCCAGUACCACAAUAUCUCCACGACAUCUUCUGUCCAGAUGCACCACGGCGUUCCUCGCGAGAGGCGUCUCCUGCUUUCCGCCGAUCUUGCCAGUCCAAGGCUUGGCAAUCCCUUCAUCCAACCCAAGUUCGCCAAGGACGAACAGGUCAAACCAGAGUUCAACUCAACUCUUGACGCUCUUCCACCCCCGAAGAAUCAUUCAUGGCAUCACAUGCCCUUGCUGACCAAUAUCCACUCGGCCUCUGUGCCGGCCCUGAUUCAUCUUGACGAAGAAAAGCCGGUCAAGGAUGACAAAAGCUGGCCGGUGAAGCACCCCGAACGGCUGAUGCGAGAUACCUGGUGGUACAACAUGUGGUACCAGCCGUGGGCUCGUGCGCUUCUCCGCAAGUACAUGCGUAGCCCGACUGGAUUUGACGCUGCCCAAUCAGCCCUGCUGGGAGGCCAAGACUGGUGGGAUCUGCGCGGCGGCAAGGGAGGCGUGUGGACGGACAAGGGAGAGUGGCUCGACUAUGCGGAGGUCUGCGCGGGCUUUGAAGACGAGGUUUUCGACGAUGAUCUGGGGAGAUGGGGCGAGGAAGGCGGGGACGCGGAUGAGCCUGUUUACAAUCAGUUCGGCAACCUGGUCAAAGGCAAAGAGGACUCGUAUUGGUAG